AUGGAAUUUGGGGCCUCUUCUCCAAUGCUCACCAUAUUGGCAACACUUGCAUUGUUCAAUUUGUACUGCUUUGCUGAGUUUGUGAAGGAAGCAACCACUGGAUCAAAGGGCAUAGCACAAGUUUUUGAGACAAUGGCUUUGCAAAUUCUUCUGUGUGGGGUUCUGAUCCUCAUCAACAUACCUUUGUACCAAGCACUUUAUAAGGAAGGACAAGGGAAAGAUGCCGGCCUCCAUAGCAUUUAA